UCGGCUGAUCGUGCUGCAGCAGCGUCUUCCUUGGGUUUUGCUCGCGAUCGCCAGCGCCCCUCCUCGGCGUGAGGGCCAAAUGAUGCAAAAUGUGCACCUGGCUCCAGAAACAGAUGAAGACGACCUCUAUUCGGGUUACAACGACUACAAUCCAACCUACGAUACCGAGGAUUUAGAGAAUGAUACAGCGUUCCAGCAAGCUGUGAGAACUAGCCAUGGCAGAAGACCUCCAAUAACUGCUAAAGUACCAAGCACUGCAGUUACUAGACCUAUAGCUACUGGAUAUGGGUCCAAGACAUCCCUGGCAUCAUCGCUGGGAAGGCCAAUGACGGGAGCUAUUCAGGAUGGCGUCACUAGACCUAUGACAGCGGUGAGAGCAGCUGGCUACACCAAAGCAGCUUUGAGAGGCUCUGCCUUUGACCCCCUGGGCCAAUCCAGGGGCCCUGCACCGCCUUUGGAAGCCAAAAACGAAGACAGUCCUGAAGAAAAGAUUAGACAAUUAGAGAAAAAAGUAAAUGAGUUGGUAGAAGAAAGCUGUGUUGCCAACAGUUGUGGAGACUUAAAACUGGCCCUCGAAAAGGCAAAAGAUGCUGGGAGGAAAGAGAGAGUCCUAGUAAGACAACGAGAACAAGUCACAACUCCAGAAAAUAUCAACUUAGACUUGACUUACUCGGUUCUUUUCAACCUGGCCAGUCAGUACUCAGCCAAUGAGAUGUAUGCCGAAGCCCUGAACACGUACCAAGUGAUCGUGAAGAACAAGAUGUUCAGCAACACAGGAAGACUGAAGGUGAAUAUGGGAAAUAUUUAUUUAAAGCAGAGAAAUUAUUCCAAAGCCAUUAAAUUCUACCGGAUGGCAUUAGAUCAGAUUCCAAGUGUCUAUAAAGAAAUGAGGAUUAAAAUAAUGCAGAACAUUGGCGUGACGUUUAUUAAGACUGGCCAGUACUCGGAUGCAGUUAAUUCAUUAGAGCACAUAAUGAGCAUGGCGCCGAAUCUGAAGGCUGGCUUCAACUUGAUCCUCAGUUAUUUUGCGGUUGGGGACCGCGAGAAAAUGAAGAAGGCUUUCCAAAAGUUGAUCGCAGUUCCAUUAGAAGUUGAUGAAGACGAUAAAUAUAUUUCACCAAGUGAUGAUCCUCAUACUAACCUAGUGAUUGAAGCUAUAAAAAAUGAUAAUCUAAGGCAAAUGGAACGUGAAAGGAAAGCAAUGGCAGAAAAAUACAUCAUGACAGCGGCCAAACUCAUCGCUCCAGUCAUUGAAACCUCUUUUGCUGUGGGUUACGACUGGUGUGUUGAAAUGGUGAAAGCUUCGCAGUAUGUCGAGCUAGCAAACGACCUGGAAAUAAAUAAAGCGAUCACAUACUUGAGACAGAAAGACUUUAACCAAGCUGUGCAGACCUUAAAAAUAUUUGAAAAGAAGGACAGUAGAGUGAAAAGUGCAGCUGCAACCAACCUUUCGUUCCUGUAUUAUUUAGAAAAUGAGUUUGCACAAGCCAGCACCUAUGCAGACUUAGCCGUGAUCUCCGACAGAUACAACCCAUCCGCUCUUACAAAUAAAGGGAACACCGUGUUUGCGAAUGGCGACUAUGAGAAGGCAGCUGAAUUCUACAAGGAGGCUCUGAGAAACGACUCUUCGUGCACCGAAGCACUGUAUAAUAUCGGCCUUACCUACAAGAAGCUGAACCGGUUAGAUGAAGCUUUGGAUUGCUUCCUGAAGCUGCACGCCAUCCUGCGGAACAGUGCCCAAAUUCUCUACCAGAUAGCAAAUGUAUACGAAUUAAUGGAGGAUCCAAAUCAAGCUAUUGAGUGGCUGAUGCAGCUGAUCAGUGUUGUUCCGACUGAUUCGAGAGUUUUGUCUAAAUUAGGAGAAUUGUAUGAUAGUGAAGGAGAUAAGUCCCAAGCUUUUCAAUAUUACUAUGAGUCCUACAGGUAUUUUCCUUCUAACAUCGAGGUCAUUGAGUGGCUUGGGGCCUAUUACAUUGACACCCAAUUUUGUGAAAAAGCCAUUCAGUACUUUGAAAGAGCAUCUCUUAUACAGCCUACACAGGUGAAAUGGCAGCUGAUGGUAGCGAGCUGUUUUCGAAGAAGUGGUAACUACCAAAAAGCAUUAGACACUUAUAAGGAUAUUCACAGAAAAUUUCCAGAAAAUGUUGAAUGCUUGCGUUUCUUGAUUCGUCUCUGCACUGAUAUUGGACUAAAAGAAGUGCAAGAAUAUGCAACAAAACUCAAGAGACUGGAAAAAAUGAAAGAAAUAAGGGAGCAGCGUAUAAAGUCUGGGAGAGAUGGCAGUGGCGGAAUCCGCAGCAAGCGAGAGGGGAGUGCUGGCAGUGAGAGUGGCCAGAACUGUAGUGCCAGUAGUAAAGGUGACCGACUCAAUGCCAAGCUCAGAGCUUUACCCGGGACAAAUGAACCUUAUGAAAGUAGCAGUAACAAAGAAAUAGAUGUCUCCUACGUGGACCCACUGGGCCCUCAGAUUGAAAGACCCAAAACUGCUGCCAAAAAGAGGAUGGAAGAGGACGAUUUUGCCGAUGAAGAGCUGGGAGAGGAUCUGCUUCCGGAAUAAGAGACACUUUCUACAUGUUACAGUGUUGAAGGAGCACACUGUGUGAGACUUUCGAUUAAAUAAAUCCAAGCUUUAAUUUUGGACACAGUUGCAACUGAAAAAUGUAUUCUCUUCUAUUAGUAUGCAUUAGGUUUGUUGUUGUACUGUUGUUGUUGUUGUUGAUUUUUUUAUGGAAUAAAACAAUAUGAAACUAGUA